AUGUCAAAAGUCGCUAUCAUCAUCUACACUCUGUACGGCCACACCACCCAGCUCGCAGAAGCACAGAAAAAGGGCGUGGAGGCCGCAGGCGGCCAAGCAGACAUCUACCAAGUGCCAGAAACGCUGAAUGACGACGUCAUCAAGGCCUUGGGUGGUCAACCAAAACCACAGUAUCCUAUCGCGACGAACGAAACACUCACUUCAUACGACGCCUUUUUGUUCGGAAUUCCAACCAGGUUCGGUAACUAUCCAGCGCAAUGGAAGGCGUUCUGGGAUGCCACUGGAGGUCUGUGGUUCACCGGUGCGCUUCACGGCAAAGUAGCCGGUGUUUUCGUGUCCACCGGUACUGGUGGUGGUAACGAAACCACUGCGGUCAACGCGCUGUCUGUUUUGGCCCACCACGGCAUCAUCUAUGUGCCUUUGGGCUACAAGAACGCGUUCCAAGACUUGGGCAACCUCGAGGAGGUCCACGGUGGCUCAGCAUGGGGUGCUGGUACCAUUGCGGGAUCUGACGGCUCUCGCAUGCCUUCGGAGCUGGAACUAAGAGUCAACGAGACCCAGGGUCGCACAUUUUACGAGACUGUCCAAAAGUUCAUCUCCUAG